AUGUAUAGGGUUGCAAGGCUGAAGCUAGAAUCUAUAACCCUUAAGAGAAGAAGCUUGAUUCUAAAACGAUUAGCUGUCAUUUUAUUGGUUACCCCCGCAAGGUCAAAGGGUUUUAGAUUUUACUGUCAAAAUUAUGGUACCCGAAUUGUUGAGACUGGUUGUGUAAAGUUUAUAAAGUAUGAGGAGAAUGCUACUGGGAAUGAAGAUUUUAUUUUUGAAGAAGAAGGGGAUGUAGCUGUGAUCGAGAAUGAUGAACAAGAUGUUACACCCUUGAUUCCUUUAAGUGAAACUAUAUGGAACCUCAUCAAUUUGAAGAACAAGUUGAUUAACAAGAACAAGUUGUCUAGAAUCCUAAGCUGGAUAAUCCACAAGAACCAAUACAACUGA